AUGCUAUCCGCAUCAUUUAAGACAGCCCUGAUAUACCUGUGUCUCGGUUCUCUUGCUGCGGCAGCACCUGCUGUCUUCCCGAGUUCUGGGAACGGGCUAUGGUACACAUCUCCAGGUCAAAGUGACGCGUGGUCGAGUGAAUGGCUGCCUAUUGGCAAUGGAUACCUUGCAGCCACUGUGCCGGGAGAGACCGUGCAGGAGACAAUGCACGUGAAUAUCGAAUCUCUUUGGUCUGGUGGGCCUAUGGAGAACUCGUCUUACAACGGUGGCAACAAACUUCCUUGGCAGCAAGCGGCAAUGGCUGCGGAUAUGGAGGCCUAUCGUGCGGCAAUUUUUGAAAGCGAAAACGGCACGAUCAACAACAUCGAAGAGUUGAUGACUCUAGCCGGGGCAUAUGGCUCAUAUGCUGCAGCUCCAUCGUUAUUGACCACGUUGGACGUGGCUGGCGAUGUGACUGGUUACUUUCGGUGGCUGGAUCUUGACCUUGCUGUGGCACGCACUCAGUGGUCACAAGGAAACGCGUCAUACUUUAGAGAGCAAUUUUGCUCUAAUCCGGCCGAAGCGUGCAUUCAGUAUCUCAACACGAGUGCCGAUUCGCUACCCGAACUCACUUAUGCUUUCUCGAUCGCCUUAGACGCAGGGCUCCCUGUGCCUAACGUAACAUGCUACGAUCAGUCCACGCUCAUGGUUAGGGGUUUGGUGAACGAUCCCGGCAUGACCUACGAGGUCCUCGCACGCGUGUAUGCAUCUCCUUCCGCCACUGUCUCGUGCACCGCGUCUGGAGCAAAUGCAACAAUCAGUGUCGAGAAUGCAAGCGAGGCCUGGAUCUUUUGGGUUGGCGGGACGAACUAUGACAUGUACGCUGGCAAUGCCGCGAAUGGGUUUUCGUUCGCUGGUCCAGAUCCGCAUGAUGCCCUUCUCGCGCUGCUCUCUGGCACAAAUGCCUCUGAUAGCACGUAUGCCGACCUGCUUGCGGCGCAUGUUGCAGACUACACUUCAGUCAUGUCGUCCUUCUCCCUGUCACUGGGGCAGACGCCUGAUUUCGCGACACCCACCGAUCAGCUGAAGGAUGCUUACCAGUACAAUGUCGGAAAUCCGUAUCUGGAAUGGGUCCUCUUUAACUUUGGGAGAUACAUGCUUGCAAGCAGUGCUCGUGGCACAUUGCCACCGAAUCUGCAGGGCAAAUGGGUGGAGACUUGGAGUAACGCUUGGGGUGCAGACUCGAACAUCAAUAUACAGAUGAACCAUUGGUUCGCCGAGAUGACCAAUAUGGACGUCGUGAUACCAUUGUUUGAUUAUAUAGAGCAAACUUGGGUGCCGCGAGGUGCGGAAACAGCACAAAUCCUGUAUAAUAUCUCUCGUGGUUGGGUUACUCAUGACGAGAUAUUUGGUCAUACGGGUAUGAAGUUGGAAAGUAACUCUGCACAAUGGGCUGAUUAUCCUGAAUCCGCCGUGUGGAUGAUGAUCCAUGUCUGGGAUCACUUUGACUACACCAAUGAUGUAGAAUGGUUCAAGUCCCAAGGGUGGCCUCUUCUAAAGGGUGUCGCACAAUUCCAUCUGGACAAGCUCAUCCCGGAUCUGCACUUCAACGACGCGACCUUAGUAACAAAUCCGUGCAAUUCUCCUGAGCAAGUCCCCAUCACUUUCGGCUGCCCACAUGCCCAGCAGGUCAUCUGGCAGCUCUUCAAUGCCGUCGAGAAGGGCUAUGUCGCGUCUGGAGAUGAUGACGUGGAAUUCCUGGAAGAGGUACGAGCGAAGCGGGCACAGAUGGACAAGGGCAUACACAUUGGCUGGUGGGGACAGCUUCAAGAAUGGAAGGUCGAUAUGGACUCCCCGACUGAUACUCACCGUCAUCUAUCCCACCUUAUCGGUCUAUAUCCCGGCUAUGCAAUCACAUCCUACAACGAGUCCAUCCAGAAUGGAAGCACUACGGGAUACAGCAAGAGUGACGUGCUGGCCGCAGCGCAGACCAGCCUAUUCCACCGUGGAAACGGUACAGGUCCUGAUGCUGACGCAGGCUGGGAGAAAGUUUGGCGAGCAGCAUGCUGGGCGCAGCUGGCUAAUGCCAGUGGAUUCUACUUUGAGCUCUCUUACGCAGUUGAACGAAACAUUGCGAACAACCUCUUCAGCAUUUACACCCCCGCCGAUGGUGUACUCGACGGAAUAUUUCAAAUAGACGCAAACCUCGGUUACCCUGCUGCCCUCCUGAAUGGCCUGCUACAAGCGCCGGAUGUCGCAUCAUAUUCUAUUCCCUUGGUCGUGACCAUUCUGCCCGCGCUGCCAGGCGUUUGGCCUUCGGGCUCCAUCAAGGGUGCACGCAUCAGGGGAGGCAUGACUCUAGAUAUAGAAUGGGCUGAUUCGAGGCUUACUUCGGUAGCCGUCAAGGUCGAUCAGAACAUAGUUUCGCGGCCAGUCGAGCUCGUUUAUGAUGGCAGCGUAAUUUGCUCCUUUACUACCUUUGGCGGCUUAACACAGACUUUGAACUUAUAA